AUUAAAAAUAAAAAUUGAAUUGUUAUGAUAUCAAUAGAGUAAAUAUGGAAUUCUUAAGAAAAAUAUUUUGAUGAAUAACUCAAAGACAUUUAGAGAUCAAAAAAGGAAUAUGAAAAUGGAAUUUAUACAGGAUAAUUAAAUUAGGGCUAAAGAAUUGGAAAGGGAAGAUGUGAAUUCUUCACAGGGUAAAUAUCAUUAACAAUUAAAUAGAGAGGUCUAUUUUGGAGGAUGGUAGAAUAAAUUUGAAGGUUAGGGGUCAUUAAAAUAUAGAAAUAAUGAAAUUUAUAUAGGUUAAUUUUCCUAAGGUUAGAGGAAUGGAUAAGGAGAUUAUUAUUAUCUAAAUGGAGAUAAAUAUGAAGGGGAAUGGCAAAAUGAUAAGAAGAAUGGUAAAGGAAAAUUGAACUACAUAAAUGGAGAUAUAUAUGAAGGAUCAUGGUAAGAUGGAGUUUAACAUGGCGAAGGAACUUUGAAAGCUAAAAGAAAUCAAAAUAAUCAUUACGAAUUCAUUUACUCUGGUCAAUGGAGUUAGGGAACCAGAAAUAAGUACGGUAUUUACUAACUUUCAAAUGGAGAUGUUUAUGAAGGAGUAAUAGAAAAUGGUGUAAAAACAGGAAAAGCUAAGUAUAAAUAUAGCAAAGAGAAAUCAGAAUAUGAUGGAAAUUGGGAAAAUGAUUAAAAAAAUGGGAAAGGAGAAAUGAAAUAUUCAAAUGGUGAUAGAUAUGACGGAUGUUGGAAGGAAGGAAAAAAAAAUGGAAAAGGAAUUUAUUAUUAUAAAAAUGGAGACAUUUAUGAUGGUUAGUAUUAAGAUGAUUAAAAACACGGUAAUGGAAAAAUAGAAUUGUCAUCAUCCAAAUCCAUUUAUAUUGGAGAAUGGUACGAAGGCUAGAUUUAAGGGAAAGGAACAUAUCAGUAUAAUAAUGGAGAUUUUUAUGAAGGAUACUUUGUUAAUGGAUAAAAAGAAGGAAAAGGAAAAUACAAGUGGCAAGAUGGUUCAACAUACACAGGAGAAUGGAAAUAGGAUAAAAUGAAUGGUUAAGGAUGUAUUGAAGAUAUUGAUGGAAAAGUAACAAAGGGAAGAUUUGAAGACAAUAAAUUAAUCAAAGCAGAUGAUUAGUAUUGAUAGCUUUUAUUUUUUAAAAUCAUG